UCGUCACCCGCCUCCCGGCGGCCCAACGACCUCGUCGCCGGCUCCGCGCCGUCGCCAUGGCCGACGUGGAGGACGGCGAGGAGUCCUGCGCCCUGUCCUCUCACUCCGGGAGCGCAGGCUCCAAGUCCGGGGGCGACAAGAUGUUCUCCCUGAAGAAGUGGAACGCGGUGGCCAUGUGGAGCUGGGACGUGGAGUGCGAUACGUGCGCCAUCUGCAGGGUCCAGGUGAUGGAUGCCUGUCUCAGAUGUCAAGCGGAAAACAAACAAGAGGACUGUGUCGUGGUCUGGGGAGAGUGCAACCACUCCUUCCACAACUGCUGCAUGUCCCUGUGGGUGAAACAGAACAAUCGCUGCCCUCUGUGCCAGCAGGACUGGGUGGUCCAGAGAAUCGGCAAGUGAGAGUGCAGCCAACCGGUCCCGGGCAGUGUUGGCAGCCCCUGGAGAUGGCUGCUGCUCAGGGCAGGGUGGAGGCCAGGCCCUCCACAGCCCCUGCUCUUCACGCACAACACCUCGGGUCUUUGGGCCUUCGGGACUCGUCGAAGGUGCGAUUUAGCAUUCUGUUGGCUUAAUUUCAUAUGUUCUCUACUAUUAAGAAGAUAAUUUAUUAAAGAUGCUCUUUCCUACCUCUGUGUGUCACACGUGGCUGAGAAGUGCAAACGGAAGGACCCUGUCAAUUUCCACCGUGCGGGUGUUAAGGGAGCCUCUGUUCCAGAGCGCUGCCCACACUCCAGUCCAACACGUAGAAAAAGAGUCGAAAAGGUGUGGUGAAAAGCCCGCCGAUGUUCUCAGCUUGUUCCUAAUGUGUAUUUUUGGUUGGGAGAGGGAAACCAUGACACGUGUAUUUGAUGUGAGAAUUUUACCUUUGGGCCAGUGAACAGGGAAAAUAACUGUAGUUUUGCCCUAAAAGGCUGGGAUUGGGAUUGCCUUUGAGCAUCCUGACUCGAGAAAGCCAGGGCCUGCUGACCGUCAACAGACGACCAUCUGGGGCUGCUCAGGGUGGUGCGGAUUUUAGGCAAAGUAUUAAUGAAGGGCAGUGUUUCCCCAGGAGCACUGGCCAAACGUUUAUUACACGGUGUUUUAACAAACGGUUUAUUCAGUUUAUUUUGCAUUGUUAGAAUUUCAUGUUCAGCCUUAAACCUAAUAAACUAAUUUGUCAAAUAAUGUGAA